AUGCAGCGGCAGAUGGUUUUCGCGAACAGGGGCACGGCGGCGGCGCGCCCCAAUUUCGCCGGGGCUCGCGUCUGCUCCCGGCCCGCCGUCGCAGCCGCGCCCCGGCGCGCGCCGCGCGCGGCGGCGAUCACCCCUGUGGCAAUGGGGCGCGUGCAGUACCAGGACCUUGGCCGGCCGCAGCCUUCUGCCACCUGGGACGACAUUGCCAAGGAGGAGAGCCGCAAGUACCGCCGCACGGUCUUCAACUUUGACAACUGGGAGGGCCACCGCAGCGUCACUCGCUACAACCGCCACCUCAUCGGCAUGCUUUCGUGA